ACGCACAAUGUGCAGUCGGUGAUGCUGAGUGCAGAGCCUUCCUGAUCAGAAGUUGGCAAUGUUGCCAUUUCAGUGGUUCCGAGACGGUGGGUCGUCUCCAGGGCGUCAUGGGCAACCAGGUCCCGUUUGAACGCUGCGGGACGUAUUGCCAAGCGUGCCAACCAGCGGCAGAUGGGUCGCUUCCGUGUUCCAGCGGGUAUGUUGGUUCCGAAGAGUUCGUGGAAACCAGAGAGGUGAAACAGAUGCAUGCUUGGACAUCCCCAGCUGGAACGCCGCGAGGUGGGGAGCGGCCAGCCACAGGUUUUGCGCGCAUGGGCACGACCAAUUUGGUACAAACUCCGAGCCAAGCCGCGAUUGGUACGCCGCAACAAGUAGGAGUGUUGGAAGGCUUGCUUGGCAGGCUUACUGGUUUAGAGGAGAAGACAGUGCAACACUCCGAUGGAUCCACCUACACUGGAUGCUUGCGGAAUGGGCUUCGCCAUGGACCAGGGGUUUUCCGCAACCAAACAGAGAUCUACGAGGGUGAGUGGCAAGAUGAUGUGCAGCAUGGCUCUGGCAAACAGAUGUGGAAUGACGGGUGGCAAGGAGGAGCCGGAAGGAGGAGGAGAGGAGCUCUGAUAAAUCCAACAGCCUUCAGCCUUCACCUGGAAAGGCGCCUCUAUGAAGGGCAGUACGCCAAAGGCCAUUUUUCGGGCAAAGGGAAGAUGGUGUGGAAGACCCCGAAAGGUGACAUGUGUUAUGAAGGUGAAUAUCUGGAGGAUUUGAAGCAUGGCAUGGGCAAGUUCACAUGGCCAGAUGGAAGGUGCUAUGACGGCGAGUGGCUGCGGGGCAAGCGCCACGGCCGUGGAGCAUAUACAACAGCCAGAGGCGACUACAGGAUCGGAUGCUGGUCUGAAGACAGGUUCGUCCGUUGGGAGAACAAUGGCUGUGAGCAGGACAGUGUCAACCGGAUGCUUCGGUGACACUAGCUGUUGAGGGGCUCAGUUGAAAAGCGGCCGAGCCCCUCGCCCCAGAGAAGAGCUGCACGUUUGUCAUUGCCCCCACCCCACCCCACCUC